AGGGCUCUGAUAACGUAAGCUGAACAUUCAUAUAUUAUAUGCCUUUUCUUUUUCUGUUUAUUGUUUGUUGUUGUGCUUCUUAAAAAUGUGAGGUGCUUUUCAUUCGCCAACCAUGGUCGACCAUGGUCGACCCUGGUCGCCGGAUGUGCUUUCCAUUCGGCGUGGUAACCCAACUCGGUCGACCGCCAGCGACAGCGGCCGAAAUCGGCGGUCGGGCAUGGUUCGCGAAGAAAUCAAGAAGAAAGUAGCGGGAAACGGCUGAGGAGUGAAAGCGUUGGUCAGGUUGAAUGAAGGAAAGUUUCUGUGUUUUUGUGUAGAAUUAGGAACUUUUCUUCUAUUAAACUGAUCAUACGCGAAUCAUGAACAUCAAUAAACCAAAGGUCAUGGUGGUGUCCCAGAAAAGAAUCCAAGAAAUGUUGAAGCAGGGACUUAUACUCCGGCCACCACAACCAUCACUAGCAGGAUCAUCUCAACCGCAACCUCAACCGCAACCCCAACCUCAACCCCAACCAGAACCCCAACCAAGCCGCCCUGCAGAGGAGAAAUGUUCAUGGAAGGAAGAAGAAAUAAAAUCAUUAAUCGAGACAGUUAUGAAGAAAAGAGAUGGGAAAGUGGCUCACAUCUCAGAUGUGAAGUUCUGGAGGCAAGUGGCUGAAGAAACUCCAGGCAUUCCGUGGAAUCCCGAGCAGUGUCAGACCAAGUGGGGUAAUUUAUUGCGAGGCUACAGCCGCAAGACUACUGCUAGUCAUUCCACGGGGGGGCCUCCAUUAAACCUCAACACUUGUGAAAAGUUUCUUUACGAAGAGAGCGCGAAGCUCAACCCCAGAACAGCCUUCAUGAUCCCUGAAGGCCAGGUAGUGGCGGAGGACAUCGACAUCACCCCUAGCUCCUCCAGUAGCACCCAAGGUGCCAAUGUGGAACCCUCUCAAUUGACACCACACAGGAAGAAGAAAAAGGUACCACAUGGCUCUGGGUCCAACCAGGCUGGAGCUAGGAGUACCUUGCAGGCUGCAUUCGUCCACUUCCUGAAUAAGUCCGAUGAAAGGAAGGAGGCUAGGACGAGCUAUGAACUGAAACGAGUUGCUGUUAUGGAGGAGCAUAUGCAACUACAAAAAGACAAAUUGAAGAUGAGAAAAGCUGAAUUAGAAUUUAAAAAAUCAAAGUUAUUAGAGAAGCAGAAAGAGAAUAGAAACAAACUGGAGAUGAAAAGGAAAUUGGUCGAGGUGGAGGAGGAGAAAGUUAAGCUCCUGAAUUUGCUGAGGGAGAAUCAACUGUCCCUGUGAUAAAUUUUAAGUAUUUUUGUACAUACAUUUAGUAUCUGGCUAGAGAGCAGUCAUCAGGCCAUGUCAGAUAACUCAGUCUCUGAGUUAUUUACACACUGACCUACCUGACUUCUGCUCACUAGAUCGAUACAGUUGUGUACGGGGGAUUCAGGAAGGGCAGUGUGUUCAUAACUUAGAGACUGAUGUAUGUGAUAUAUUUUGAUGGACUGGCUGUGCCAUAUAUUCAAGGAUUUUUGAGUUACUUAGUUUUAAAUUAUUACAUCAUUUGUUUUAAGGAAUUGUGUAUUAGUGUAACUGUACAGUAUCCGGCUAGAGAGCAGUCAUCAGGCCAUGUCAGAUAACUCAGUCUCUGAGUUAUUUACACACUGACCUACCUGACUUCUGCUCACUAGAACGAUACAGUUGUGUACAGGGGAUUCAGGAAGGGCAGUGUGUUUAUAACUUAGAGACUGAUCUAUGUGAUAUAUUUUGAUGGACUGGCUGUGCCAUAUAUUUGUUUAAGUAGGUAUUACUUUUAUAAUUGUUAUUUAUGCAUAAGAAUUGUUCUGCUUUAGAUUUACAUUGUUGUGCACAUACUUUUUUUUAAGAAAUAAGAAUAUAUUUUAUAUAUGUAAAACCGUU